CAAAAACAAAAACCCUAACCCUAAUCCCCGCCGGAAUCAGAAACAACCAGAAUCAGAGAUGGGGCGCGUCCGCACGAAGACGGUGAAGAAAUCAUCACGCCAGGUGAUCGAGAAGUACUACUCGCGCAUGACGCUCGACUUCCACACGAACAAGAAGAUCCUCGAGGAAGUCGCCAUCAUCCCUUCGAAGCGUCUCCGCAACAAGAUCGCCGGGUUCUCGACGCAUCUCAUGAAGAGGAUCCAGAAGGGACCGGUCCGCGGGAUCUCCCUCAAGCUCCAGGAGGAAGAGCGCGAGCGCCGCAUGGACUUCGUCCCCGACGAGUCCGCCAUCAAGACCGAUCGCAUCGAGGUCGAUAAGGAGACGCUCGACAUGCUCGCCUCCUUGGGGAUGGGCGAUAUGGCGGGGGUUGUUAAGGUGGAUCCAGUCUCGGCCGCUCCUGUUGCUGGUUUUGGCCGUGGAAGGAGGUUCUAGAGAAUCGAGAUUCGUGAGGCUUUUAAUGUUUGUACCUUUUUUAUUUGUUUGCUGAAUCGUUUUAAAUUGAAACUUUCAAAAUAUAUAAGCUUUAGUGUUA